AUGGUGGACGCGUUAAUCAAAGCGUCCGAAGAUCAAAAGUGCGCAUCCGCGGCACCUUUACCUGGGGCGGGGAGAGAUUUAGUGCCUUUUGACUUCGAGGCGCAUAAUCAAAACACGACGAGUAAUUAUAACAGUUCGACGCCUUUGUUAGUAGGAGUAGAUCCGAGGCUGCGAGCGCACCAGGUGUGCGCGCCGCAGGUGCCGACGGGAGGGCACGCGGCGGCGGCGGCGAAACUCUCCAACUCGGCGCCGUUAGAAACGACCACGAAUAACGGACACCACACGAAAGGAAACAACAACAACAAAGGAAAGAGCAACAAGAACAACAACAACAAUAGCACCAGAAACGAUUAUAACGAGCCGAAAUACGCAGGCGCGAGUUUCACAAACUCGCCCGAUCCAGAUGUCGUGCCGUUGCCGAGCUUUUUGAAAACGAUACCGGGAGCCCAAGCGGCGAUGGCGAGAAGAAAUUCUUCGCAGAACUCGUUGUCGUCCUCGGCGGGGAGUUCUCCGCCGACGACGACGGCGAGCGCGAACAGCUUGAUGCAGAAUUUACUCUCCCGCUCGCCGCCUCCACAACAACAUCAGCGGCCGCCGAUGAGUGGCCAAGCUUUACUUGGAAGUUUGCUCGGUGGCGGCAUGCCCACGCCGCCGCAACACCAUCAACAUCAAGCACCGACACCGACAAAAAGCGUAUUGAACGAUCUGUUCGGCGGCGAUAGAAAUGGAGGAGGGAACGGGGGAAUACAACUCCAACCGUACAGAGGUCCAGACGGAUCGCAACAAUACCCCAACAUUCCGGAACCUGCGAAUCAUGAUUUUCAAAUGAUGAUGGCAAAACUUUCCGGUUCGCAUCGGUAA